ACGAUAACCACAACUGCAGCACCUACUACGACAACUACAACUGAAGCUGCUACAACAACUGUAGCUCCUACGACCACCACAAGUGCAGCUCCAACUACGACAACUACAACACCUACUACGACAACCACAGCACCUACUACGACAACCACAACUGUACCUCCUUCGACAACCACAACUCCAACUACAACAACUGUAGCUCCAAUGACCCCCACAACUGCAGCACCUACAACUACAACUGCAGCACCUACUUCAACAACCACGACUUCAGCACCUACUACAACAACUACAACACCUACUACGACAACCACAACACCUACUAUGACAACCACAAAUGUAGCUCCAACUACAACAACUGUAGCUCCUACGACCACCACAACUGCAGCACCUACUACGACAACCACAACCGAAGCUGCUACGACAACCUCGACUUCAGCGCCUACUACAGCACCUACAUUACCUACUACGACAACCACAACACCUACUACGACAACAACAACUGCAGCUCCAACUACCACAACUGUAGCUCCUACGACAACCACAACUGCAGCUCCAACUACAACAACUACUACGACAACUACAACCGAAGCUGCUACGACAACCACGACUUCAGCACCUACGACAGCUACAACACCUACUACGACAACUACAACACCUACUUCGAAAACUACAACACCUACUUCGACAACCACAACACCUACUUCGACAACCACAACACCUACUACGACAACCACAACACCUACUACGAUAACCACAACCAACAACUGUACUCCUACGACCACCACAACUGCAGCACCUACUACGACAACCACAACACCUAAUAUGACAACCACAAAACCUACUACGACAACCACAACUGCAGCUACUACGGCCCCCACAACUGCAGCACCUACGACAACCACAACACCUACUACGACAACCACAACACCUACUACGACAACCACAACUGUACCUCCUACGACAACCACAACUGCAGCUCCAACUACAACAACUGUAGCUCCUACGACCACAACUACUACGACAACUACAACCGAAGCUGCUACGACAACCACGACUUCAGCACCUACGACAGCUACAACACCUACUACGACAGCUACAACACCUACUACGACAACCACAACACCUACUACGACAACCACAACUGUACCUCCUACGACAACCACAACUGUACCUCCUACAACAACCACAACUGUACCUCCUACGACAACCACAACUGUACCUCCUACGACAACCACAACUGUACCUCCUACGACAACCACAACUGCAUCUCCAACUACAACAACUGUACGCUCCUACAACCCCUACACAACUGCAGCACCUACAACGACAAACUGUACACCUACAACAACUGUAGCUCCUACGACCACAACUGCAGCACCUACUACGACAACUACAACCGAAACUGCUACAACACCCACGACUUCAGCACCUACUACAACAACUACAACACCUACUACGACAACCACAACACCUACUAUGACAACCACAACUGUAGCUCCUACGACAACCACAACUGCAGCUCCAACUACAACAACUACUUCAGCGCCUACUACGACAACUACAACACCUACAUUACCUACUACGACAACCACAACACCUACUACGACAACCACAACUGUAACUGCUACAACAACCACGACAGCACCUACUACGACAACCACAACACCUACUACGACAACCACAACACCUACUACGACAACCACAACACCUACUAUGACAACCACAACACCUACUACGACAACCACAACUGUACCUCCUACGACAACCACAACUGCAGCUCCAACUACAACAACUGUAGCUCCUACGACCCCCACAACUGCAGCACCUACAACAACAACUGUAGCUCCAACGACCCCCACAACUGCAGCACCUACAACGACAACUGUAGCUCCUACGACCACAACUACACCACCUACUUUGACAACCGCUGCAGCAUCUGCUAAAAUAACUACAACUGAUACUCCUACAACCACAUCUGUAGCUCCUGUGACCACUACAACUGCAGCACCUACUUCAACAACUACAACUGAAGCUCCUACGAUAACCACAACUGCAGCACCUACUACGACAACUACAACCGAAGCUGCUACGACAACCACGACUUCAGCACCUACGACAGCUACAACACCUACUACGACAACCACAACACCUACUACGACAACCACAACUGUACCUCCUACGACAACCACAACUGUACCUCCUACGACAACUACAACGACAACUGUAGCUCCUACGACCACAACUGCAGCACCUACUUCAACAACUACAACUGCAACACCUCCUACGACAACCACAACUGCAUCUCCAACUACAACAACUGUAGCUCCUACGACCCCCACAACUGCAGCACCUACAACAACUGUAGCUCCUACGACCACAACUGCAGCACCUACUACGACAACUACAACCGAAACUGCUACAACACCCACGACUUCAGCACCUACUACAACAACUACACACACCUACUAUGACCACAACUCAUCUGCUAAAAUAACUACAACUGAUAACACCUAUGACCACAUCUGUAGCUCCUAUGACCACUACAACUGCAGCACCUACAUCGACAACUACAACUGCAGCACCUAUUACGACAACUACAACCGAAACUGCUAUGACAACCACGACUUCAGCCCUACUACGACAACCACAAUUGUAGCUCCUACGACAACCACAACUGUAGCUCCAUCUACAACAUCUGUAGCUCCUAUGGCCACUACAACUGCAGCACCUACUUCAACAACCACUGCAGCUCUUACAACCACUACACCAGAAGCACCUACUUCGACAACCACUGCAUCUCCUACUACAACAACCACUGCAGCUCAUACAUCCACUACAACAGCAGCACCUACGACAACAACUACAAAUGCAGCUCCUACGACAACCACAACAGAAGCCCCUACAACAACAACUGUAGCUUCUACGACAACAAAUAUAUCCCCAACCACUACAACGUCAGCAGCUACUGCAGCACCUACUAAAAUAACUGCAGCUCCUACUACAACAACUGUAGCUCUUACAACCACAACUGACUGCUUCACAUACUACAACGAUAACUACAAGCUCCAACUAUAA